GCAAGCAGUUGUUGUAACACAUAACUCUAAACGCACAGUUAUGGAUAUUCGAUUUGACAAUACAUUCAAAUUAUCUUCUACGGCUUUGUAUUUGAACUUAGGCCAUCCAUCAUUGACUAUAAAUCUACAAUGGGCGACAAAAAUGUUUAUGUUCUAUGUUCUCUACACGCCAAGUUUUCUAUCUUUGAUAUACAGUAGCAUCUUCUAUGAUAGCUUCACUAAAAGUUGCACGAACCUCAGUCUAGCAACACUUUACUGUAUAAACAUAUUCAACUAUGUUCUUCUAAUUGUUUACAAGAAACGUUUCAUUGACAUUAUCAAAAUGGUGGAAGAAGACUUGCUUGAUGCGAGAGAACUAAUUGAUGAAGAUGAAAAGGCAGUUAAAGAAUUUACUGCUAAAGGGAUACGGGCUUCAAAGCUUUGGGCUUCCUGCUGUGCUCUUUGCGGUGUUAUGUUUUUUUGCAAAAGCGUCAUCGGUACCUCUUACUCUGUCCUAACGGGGAAUUUCAAACCGGUCGCUAUACAUGAACUAACGUAUCCACCAUAUAUAGAAGAAAGAAAGAAUGGUUUUCUCAUGUACAUUGUUAUUUUUGUUUCGCAAACUUUUUACAUCGUGUUCACGACUCUCAUGUAUGCGGGGUUUAAUGUACUGGGUCCGAUAUUCAUAAUGCAUGCUUGUGGCCAAAUACAAGUGGCCAUUCAGCAACUUGAUAGACUUUUUAUGGAUAAUGACAUUGAUGUUGAUGAUGUACUGAAGAAACUUAAAAAUAUAACACACCGGCUUCAGCAUAUAAACAGUUUUGUAGAUCAAAUACGACAUACUCAUCAACUCUUAUAUGAAAUGUGUCUCAAAACAAGUAUUAGUUGUGUUGCGAUUUCUUCGUUUGCUAUUAUCGAGUCUUACAAGGAAGGCAGUCUAAACAUUCACUUAAUUUGCUUCUCUUUUGCUGCUCUUAUGCAAAGCGGAAUUCCGUGCUAUUAUAGUGAAGUUCUCUUGGGAAAAGGAGAGGAGCUCCGAGUCGCCAUAUACGAGUGCGGGUGGGAGAGGUUUUGGAUCCCGAAAAGUCGCUCCAUAAUUCUCGUGUUGCUGACCAGGAACAUGCGCCCUCUAGGAAUCUAUUCUGUGUUUUCUAUAGUCUCUCUGAAGGCAUUUGCCGACGAAGAAAGGAUUACCAUUCCGUUUGUCGAGGAUGCACUGUCGAGGUGGACGGCUCGUUACCCUACGGCGUCGCUGCCCGAGGCUCCGCGAGUACAGCGACUUUGGGACGAUGUGGGGGCUGGGGAUGCUCUUGCACGGCUUAUGGGGGUAGCCACGGGGGUGAAUUUGGCCAGGUUGAAGUCGGUGUCAAACGCCGAAGCGGGAGCGUGGUUGCAAGCUUUGCCUGCUCCUCAUCUGGGAACACUCCUGGACAACGACUCAUUGCGGGUGGCAGUGGCUCUCCGCCUGGGCUGCGAUGUUUGUGUGCCUCAUAAAUGCAUCUGCAGCUCCAUGGUGGAGGCGACUGGCCAUCACGCUUUGAGUUGUUGUCGUUGUUCAGGAAGGUUCCCGCGUCACCACGCUCUCAAUGACAUUGUAAGGAGGGCUUUAAUAUCCGCCAAUAUCCCCUGUGUCCUCGAGCCUCCGGACCUCUGCCGCACCGAUGGUAGAAGGCCGGACGGCUUGACUUUGGUGCCGUGGCAGAGGGGCAAGUGCCUGCUGUGGGACGCCACGUGCGUUAGCACUUUCGCGGCCUCACACCUCGGCCGAACUGUGCGGACGGCUGGUGCCGCUGCAGAUUUUGCCGCGGUCAAGAAGCGGGAUAAGUACGCGAACCUGGCCAGUUUGAAGUUGUAUCGGUUCGGAAAUACCGCGAGCGAUAGUUCAUUUCACCGUUUAGCUGUGCGAGGUAAGAAGUUUCUGGAGAAACGCACAGUUGGGAACUGCGCACCAUCUGUGGUGACGAAGAGUCUAGAUUCUGCCACAUCCAGCUCCACAUUUAAUCACAAAUACCGAGUACUGAAAUCAAGCCCCAUUGAACUCGUUAUCGGCGACAACAGAACGCCGCCAAUAGGGAUUAAGGGCUUCGGCGUGUGGCAGCUGUAA